CUCUCAUAAACAUAAAAGCCACUUUUUUUUAGCCUUUCUCGUUACUUUUUUUUUCUCAUAACUUUAUUUCAUUCAUUUAUUUGUUGUAGUAUUUUUUUUUUUAUCUUAUAUAAACGCUUUUAAUAUAUUGUUAUUAUUAUUAUAAAAAUAGUUUUUAAUUUAACUAAAUAUUAAAAAAUGCCAGCACCUUUACCGACAGAUUGUCUUAAUGGAAUAUUUAAAUGUUUGUUGGACGACUUAAAUUACACAAGUUCACUUCAUUCUUGCCUACUAGUAAAUAAAUUAUGGUGUGAGACAGUCAUUCCACUCAUAUGGAAUAAUCCAUGGCAAUGUGCAAAACUUAUUUUAAGUAAUAAAGAUUGGCCACCUCUUGUAAGAACACUUUUAUCUUGUUUACCUGAAGACUCAAAAGAAAUAUUGAGAAAUAAUGGAAUAGAUUUAUUAUUACGGACAACAUCACAGAAACCUCCUUUAUUCGAUUACGUGGGAUAUUGUCAACAUUUAUCACCUACCGUGAUGGAUAAACUUAAAUCCGUUACAGUUGAUGAAGAUAAUAAAAAUAAUGUAAAUAGUGAAUACAAAGCAUAUCGUGAACAUCUGGUAGAACAGGAAUUUUACAAAUUAUUUAUGACGAAAUGUUCUCUUAAACAUCUCGUUUUACCAAAGAUUCCUUUAUCUUAUUUUCCUGGAGCAAAUCAUUGUUUAGAAUAUCUUAGAGAUCUCAAAUGUUAUACUGAAAGAUCACCAGAAUUAUUUUAUGGAUUAGCUCAUAUAAGUAGAAACCUACAUCGAUUGACAAUUUAUCCUUGUGAUCAAGAUAAUGAUGGUUUAAUCACCCUAAUAAAAUUACAAAAAGGUUUAAAAACUCUUGUGUUAGUGUCAAGUGAAGAUUAUGUUAGUAUUUGUCCAGAAAUAGGCCAAGCACUAGCCACUCAAAUGCAUUCUUUAUCUUUUCUUAAAAUACGACAAAGUUUAUGUAUUCCUCCACAAACAAUUUCUUCUUUCAUCAAUUUAAGAAUUUUGCAAUUGGAUAUAACAACGGAAGUUUCAAAUAUGGAAUCAUUAGCUUAUGUUACUUUACCUAAACUUGAAAUUUUAGAUAUUUUUUGUGAUGAAAAUGCUCCAUUUAAUACUUAUUCAAGUUUAAUUUCAAAUUCGAUUUCUUCAAAUUCCUCUUAUUUAAAAAGAAUUUAUUGGCAUAAAAUUAAUCCACCCACGUGUGCUGAAGAAAUUGGAAAAUAUAUUCAAAUAUUGUUACCAGCUUCUUCUACGUUGAGGUUCUUGACGGUCUGGUGGUCGGAAGAACUCUUCACUUUAUUGAAUUUAUGUGAUCAAUUAGAAACAAUUAAAUUUUGUAAUCACAAAGAUUUAAGAGGGAAUAUAGAUUACUUAAGUAAUAAUUUAAUAGAGAGUGAAAAUUGUUUACAAGGAAAAUUAAUUUUUGAAUUAUUGAAGAUAUUAUCACUAGAAAAUUUAUGUAUAAUAUGUUUACAAGGAGGAUGGGCUUUUACCUCAGAAGAAUUGAAAGAAUUUUUGGAAUUUUGGAAAGAACAACGAAAAAAUACUUUAUCAUUAUAUAUAUUAUCUUUUGAAAGUCAAUCUAAGAAUGAGCCGGAAGGAAUUAUAAGAGAAUAUAUGAAUGAUGGUAUUUUAAAAGAUUUUGGAGAUAGAGAUAGUUUAGAGAAUUUUUAUUCUAUGGAGAUUAAUAUGAAUAUAUGAAAUGUCAAGAUUUAUUAUGGAUAUUAAUGGUAUUAUUUUUGUAGUUUUGAAUAUUAUAAAACAUUAUAUAGACAUUGACACAAACACUGCUAUAAUCUUUAAUAUAUUUCGUAACCAAAUUUUGAGAAUGAACUAUGAUUUAUUAUUUAACAAUUUAUACAUUUGUAAUUUUUACAUCAAGAAAUUAUUAUUCCU